UUUCCAUCCCCUUCUUUCUUUCUUUAUACAUUUCCUUUUUGUGUCUAAUAACCAAGUCUGAUCAAAUGAAAGCAACGUGCGCCCCGCUUACAUCCGUUUUCAGAUUAUUCAACGCGUAUUUUAUUGUGUUACCCUUUGAUCUCUCUUACCCAACAACAACUUGUAGUUCCUUCGAAUAUUGACUAUAUUGGUCUCUUCAACUUACAUUUUGGCGACUUCAUUCUCCUGAAUCAUUCAUUACCUUCUUGUUCAGAUUCUUAUUACUUUAAAUCAUCAGUCAUAUACUGAGAAGAUCAAACAGUAAUGGCUACGAAAGACACUUCAUUUGUUCAAUCACAAUCACAGGAAGGUCGCCAAGAUAUCAUUUCUGCUUUGUCUUCAGCUGUUUUUGAAUGGUUACUGAUGUUUAUGUUGUUCAUUGACUCCUGUUUUUCACAUUUAAUAAUGAGAUUUGCCGCUUACUGCAAGUUACAUUUACCAUGCCUAAUAUGCUCAAGACUUGACCAUGUUUUCGGCAAUGCGAAACAUAAAUUCUAUUGGGAUAUGAUAUGUGGGAAUCAUAAACAGGAGAUAUCAUCUCUUGUAUUUUGCCGAGUGCACAAUAAACUCGGAGAUGUUAAUGGAAUGUGUGAAAACUGUCUUUUCUCUUUCGCUACUAUAGAUAGGUCAAAUGCUGAAACAUACAGAUUAUUGGUUGGUAAAAUGGGAGCUGGGGAUACUCAUGAGUUUGAUGAUGACCCAUCUUUUGCUGAUCGCGAAUAUGGUCUGAGUAGAUGUUCUUGCUGUAAUGGUGUUUGGACUAAAAAGAUUCACACUGCGAGUCCUCAGCUUUCAGCGAAAUCAGCUCGGUUGGACCAUACUGAACUUGACGCACUUUUAUCAGUCGGUAGUGAAUAUGACAUGAAGAGGAAGAAGAUCGGGGAGGAAACUUCUUCUAGAUCUUUUAAAGCCCCAUUGAAGAUGAGGGAUGAUAGCUUUGAUCCUCCUUUAUACGAUGUAGGAUACACAAAGGUCAAGAUUACAUCAGACAGUGAAUCUGAAGACACGAUUCAUGAAAAUGGUGAUGAUGAGCAUCAAAAUAUUAAUUUCGAUCAUGAUUUGGGCUUGGAGAGAUUAAUUAAUCUGGAUUCUUUGUCUAAGCUUGACAAAAUGGUAGAUAGUGAAUAUGGCUUGAAGAAGAAGAAGACCUCGAAGGAAACUACUUCUAGAUCUUUUGAAGCUGCAUUGAUGAUGAGAAAGAAUAGUUUUGAUACUCCUUUAUACGAUGCUGGAUACACAAAGGUCAAGAUUACGUCUGACACUGAAUCUGAAGAUUUGAUUCAUGAAAAUGGCGAUGAUGAGCAUCAAAUUGUUAAUUUCGAUCAUGAUUUGGGCUUGGAGAGAUUGAUACGUCUGGAUUCUUUGUCUGAGCUCGACGAAAUGGUAGACUCUCAAGUGGUUCUUGUCAAUGUUGACAAUUCUGUUUCAGCAGUUGGGCAUGGAUUGGAAGAGUUGAAUUGGUCACAGGUUGAACAAAAGAGAUAUGAAGAGUCUUCUACAAAGAAGUGGAAACACUUUGAUGAGAAGUGGCCGUCAUCUGACAUUAUUGCAAUCCUUUGUCAAGAAGAAGUAACUACAACAACCUCUACAUUGGAGCAAAAAGUUGACAACGAGGAUGGAGUGGUAUCUGAAAUCGAAACUAGUCCAAAAAUGAACCAUGUUGCAGGGGAUGUGGAGCAAAAUUCUGGUGAUAGCCUGAUGGUGAAUAUUGAAACUUCAGAAAGAAGCAUUAUUGGAAGCGAAACUAGUCAACUUUUUCCAAAUGAUUUGGAACUUGGAGAUGCUUAUAAACUGGCUGUUGCUAACAAGUCAAGACAGUUAUCUGGAAAGUUCCUACAGCAAAUAUCUCAAAAGGAGUCAACCCGACUUAGUGAAGAUUUGAAGCUAUUGUUGUCACAAAUGACAUCUAAUCGAGGAUCUGAGCUACCACCCUACGAUAUGAGCCCUCGGGUAUCUGUAGUUAGUAGAAUAUCCCUCGAGAGAAAUGAAUCCGGGUUAUCUCUAGAUGGAAGUGUGGUUGGCGAGAUUGAAGGAGAAAAUGAGAUUGACAGAUUAAAACGUCAGGCUGAGUAUGAUAAGAGAAUAAUGAACGCUUUAUACAAGGAGCUUGAAGAGGAAAGGAAUGCUUCGGCUGUUGCUGCGAAUCAGGCAAUGGCCAUGAUCACGAAAUUGCAGGAGGAGAAAGCAGCUGUUCAUAUGGAGGCCUUGCAAUGCAUUCGUGUGAUGGAAGAACAAGCCGAGUAUGAUGUCGAGGCACUUCACAAGACGAAUGAACUUCUUACGGAUAAGGAAAAAGAAGUUCAAGAUCUGGAAGAAGAGGUUGAGUAUUAUAGAAUUAAGUUUGGCGAUGUUUCGAUGAUGGAGGAUGAUGAGUUGCGAUUAGCCUCUGAUGAUGUCACCAUUCCGGGUCAAGAGAGAUUGUACAUUUUACAGAACUUGAGAAAAUUGGAGAACAAGCUCGUACUAUUAUCUCAUGAUGAUGGCAUUGAAGAAAACAAUUCAGACAAUUUUCGAAGUUUCAGUAUGGGGGUUGGAAGUAGAAAUAGUACUGGAAUCGAUGUUUCUCUUGUUAAUGAUGUUUCCAGCCUAAUUCGCAGGCUGGAGAUGGAGAGUCUUAAAGGAACACAUAGUUCUCUUGAGACUUCUGUCAGUUCAUUCUGCAGAAGAGAUGAAGCACUGAAAGUUCACCCAGAUGAUGGCUUGACUGAUGAUGAAUGAUGUAAUGUUGAGAUUUGGGAAGAAGCCAACAUGCACAGCCAAGUCUCCUCUCUAUGCCACCAUCUAACAGUUAGAAAUCCAGUGUUGAUUAUCAGGUCAAGAAACAAUUCAGAAAUUGCACUGUCUGAGGACAUCAAUUCAGUAAUAAACAACUAUCUUCUAUAUUUCAGGCUAUUGUCAUCAGGGUUCUGUUGUUUGGUGGGACGAAUGAAAAAAAGGCAGAAGAUUUUAUUUAUAUGCUUUCUUUUCCUUCAAUAGAAGCUUGAAGUUCCACCAGGUUAUAUGUCUUGAUACUUUAGACGGCUGGAAAAGGGUGGAAAAACGUCCUUUCCUCCAAAAUUGGCUAUAACUUGUAGCAUUAAUUUCUUCAUUGAGUGUGUUAUUGUGUGAAAAAGGAUAUAAGUAUCAUUGUGAGAAACUUUGGUUUUCAAUAAAAUAUGUAUUGGUAUGUGAGCAUAUAUAUAUAUAUAUUUAUUUAUUUAUGUAGUUAUCCAAGUUGUAUUUAUUUUAUAUAUGUAAGUAAAUUCUUGGGUUUCUUUGAUCAUAAUAAUGUGUACAUGUACUAAUUAAUUAUUACCAUUUUGAAACUUUAUUUAUAUUCA